UUGGCCGAUUGAUUUCAGUCCCAGAACCAGAGCUAUGGCCCUGCACGAACCUGUCACGCCUCCGCGCAGCGAUCUCUUCCCCAAACGAUCCGAUGUCACGCCGGGCGAUGAACGGUUCCGGGGAUCAACGACGUGCGCGCGCGCGUGUGCUGCUUCUGCUAACUAGCUCCGCUGUUUGUUUCUCGCCUCAAAUACAUGCAGAAAAACAAAACAAGUAUGCAGGCCGACAUUAGAGAGAACUCCCCCCGACACGAGACAGGAUGUGUGCGGUGUUUAGCGCCUUCAUUCGCGUGUCUGUAUUUCCUCCUCACAGUCUCCUAGUGUAGCCAUUACAGGUUAGCAUUGCUGAACCCGGAGCAGCAUCACCUUCUACUCAGCACUGUUCGGGGUUCUCUACGGGUGGAUCUUUUCUAGACUUCCUUUUUGUAAACAGAACAGAAAAAUAGCAGGGCUGUGCGUGUGAGUGAACGCUGUCCUGUAGUUUGUUCGUGUCGCGGCCACAUCGGGGGACAUGCAGACGUUUCUGCGGGGAAAACGCGUGGGCUACUGGCUCAGCGAGAAGAAGAUGAAGAAGCUCAAUUUCUUGGCUUUCGCCGACAUGUGCAGGAAACGAGGCAUCGAAGUGGUUCAGCUCGACCUGAGCCAGCCUCUGGAGGAGCAGGGCCCGUUAGACGUCAUCAUCCACAAGCUGACAGACCUGAUCCUGGAGGCGGACCAGAACGACACGCAGGCUCUCUUACUGGUUCAACGUGUGCAGGACUAUAUUGAUGCUCACCCUGAGACCAUAGUCCUGGAUCCACUCCCAGCCAUCAGGACACUGCUUGACCGCUGCAAGUCUUACCAGCUGGUCCACCGAAUAGAGGCCCGCAUGCAAGAUGAGAGAAUCUGCUCUCCUCCAUUCAUGGUGCUGAACAGUGAGUGCGGUCCAGACACACUGGAACAGAUCAAACAACAUGGUCUUACAUUCCCUUUCAUUUGCAAAACACGAGUAGCACACGGAACCAACUCCCAUGAGAUGGCCAUUAUCUUUAGUGAUGAGGAUCUAAAGGAUGUGAAGCCGCCAUGUGUUAUUCAGAGCUUCAUCAACCAUAACGCUGUGCUCUAUAAGGUGUUCGUGGUGGGCGAGUCUUACACCGUGGUGGAGCGACCCUCCCUGAAGAAUUUCCCCUCUGGCCCUGCUGACCGAAAAGCUAUUUUCUUCAACAGCCAUAAUGUGUCCAAGCCAGAGUCAUCCUCAGACCUAACAUCUCGAGAGAAUGUAGAAGGGGUGUCCCAGCCACCCAACGAUGAUGUCAUCAGGGAACUGUCCAGAUCUCUUCGACAGGCUUUGAGAGUGUCGCUCUUCGGCAUCGACGUCAUCAUCGACAACCAGACAGGCCAACAUGCGGUCAUCGACAUCAAUGCUUUCCCCGGGUAUGAGGGUGUUCCGGAGUUCUUCACUGACCUCCUCAACCACAUCACCAGUGUGCUCCAGUCUUCCAGUGAUCAUUCUCCUCUGCCACUGGCUUCACCCCCCUCAGCCCCGUUAACAGCUCCGGUCUCAGAAGAGCGGAGCGGCACCCCCUCCCAGGGGUGCAGCAGCCUGUUGGGGCAAGAGUCAGAAAACAACAGCAGCAGCAGCAGCAGCAGCGCAUGGAUCUUGGAGGGUGACGAAGGACUGAAAAGUCAAUGCCAGAGACUGGGCUGCAAUUCAGCAGUGUCCCCCAAUUUCCAACAGCACUGCGUGGCCACCAUCGCCACCAAAGCCUCCUCACAGUGACCACCUUCUCUUCUCUUUGCUGAACAAAACAAGAACAGAGUGAAUCACAAUAAUAAUCUAAUAUAAAUAAUAAAUAACAAUUAUAAAUGAUAUCAAAGUAGUAUCUGUAAUCAACCCCCCAGCCCCCCUACACACACACACACACACACACACACACAAAUGUAACACUCAGCACUGUAAAGUGAACCCGGUAUUGAUCAACAGAUUUGUUUGUAGUGUUCAUGUUUGAAAAUGCACUGUGGAGAAAGAGGGAAGAGAAGACAUUCUUGCUGUGCAUCGUUGCUUUGCGGCACAAUGAGGGUUUUUAAUACCGAUAUAUUCAUUUGCCAGUGGACAUGUACGUAGAAGUCAAUUCUGUAACUUCGAACAGCUUUCUGCUCCAUGUUAAGUGUCAAUCGUACGUUGUAACGGACGCUGAUGUGUUGGUGUACAAGUCUCCCCGUACAAGUCACCUCCAAACUAAAACAAGCAGAUCUGAUGAAAUAUUGGUUCUGUAAAGUAAGAAGAUUAGAACACCGGUUUUGCGCUUGUUUUUUUUUUUUUUUUUUUUUUUUUUUUUAUAUUGUUUUUUUUCUUUCUUCAGACGCUGUAUGCAGUUCCUUAUCGUGAGGAUCCGGUUUUGGGAAUUGCAACGUCAGGUGUCAUGUGUUUUUAUUGUGUUACGAGACGACGCCUGUGUACGUGUGGUUUCUGUGUGCGGUGCGCGCGUGUGUGGGUGCGUGCGUCUGCGUCUGACCGGAAAUUCUUGCAUUCCAAUAUUUUGGGUGUGGUCUGGUGUAGUGAUUAUGAAUUGUACAUUAUUGUAACCACUACCACCCCCAAGUCCCAUUAAGUAGUUAAUACGAAUGGAGAGUUGGUAUCUGAUGACUGUAUAUAUGGAGGUGUUUAGUGUGUUUAAGUAACACAAACACAAGCUAUGUUUUGGGGAAAAAUCUCACUUGAAGGAGAUGCUUGAUCUUGUAACCAUUCCUGUGUAGGUGAUAAAGAAUUUAAUUUAUAGUCAGUAUUUUUUUUUUUUUUUUUUGACUAACUAAUGACUAACAAAUCCAAAUAAUUUAGUCCUGGUAAAAAAAAACCUGUGUAAUUAACUGAAGCGUGCAUUCCGAAGAGCAGAUCUGUGAGCUCUGAUUCAGGCGAAUUAUGAGUAUUUUUUUUUUUUUGUUUUAGGAAACAUUUGCUUGCCUUUAUUUAGAAAAUGCACAUCCAGUGCAGUUAGUUUACCUGGAAUAAGGGCAUUUCCUAUAUACGCACUACAGUCUUAAAAGACUUUGUUUUGUAAAAAUGCACCAGCUUUAGCUGAUGUACAUUCACAUGAACACAUGCUUCAUAUGCGAAUUUAGGUUUGUUUGUUUUUUGUUUGGUAUCCAUGUUUAGUAGUGCAUGUUGCCAUAUCCGUUCUGUUCAGAGGAAAUCGAAAUCAGUUGAAAUGUUUUUUUAAUGCGGACAGUAGUUUCAUAACCUGUUCAAAUUCAAUUUCAUUGAACUAUUUCACAGGGAAAUCUCACAGUUUAGAGUGAAAAUGGGCAUUUUAUGUUAUUAUUAUUAUCAUUAUUAUCAUUAUUAUUAUUAUUAUUAUUAUGCUGUUAUCCUAGGGUAAUCAGCAACGUUUAAUUGCGACAGUUACAUGGGGGGUUUGUACGGAUGCACAUGGGCAAAAUAAUGACAUUAAAUUUAUGCUUUGCUCAGUUGAACCCUAUUCUUGUUUCAUGAACUGAUUUGGGUCACAGCUGUAAAUUUGUCUUGAACAACUUUGGUACUUCCACUGAGCUAUUUGGGGGGAAAGUUAUUUGUAGUGCUUUGCUUCACCUCUAGAGGUCCAUUCUUAAAAGUCAAAGAUUUCAUUUCUUUUAAUCCGUGUGUAUACCAAAAUGCUAAGCACCUUUGCACAAAAAAAAAAAAAACCAGUUCAAGUGUCAGGCUUCAUAGUUUUUUUUACUGGAUUGCAUUUCCUUUCUGCCAAGUGGAACAUUUUAACUGCCUAUCUAACCAACAUAUUGAACUUGGCCAGUUUGAACAUGUGUAACCAUGACACGAAUGCAGUUUUGCUAAACCUGGAGUAAAACCUAGAAAUGACUGGAGUUCCUUGCUUUCUAAAAGACCCACUUAUUAGCCCUGUGAGACGGAGAGAAUAUGUAGAAUAUUUGUACACUGCUCUACUUUGUGUCUCUUAAUUGUACACUUGCAUUUAUUGUGCUUUGACAUGGAAAAAAUAAACCACCCACACACAGAAAAAUCAAGGUACAAUUAAAAUGUACCUCAGAAGUACAUUGUUGUACCCUGCUAGGGUGCAGCUGGAGUGACAAAGCAUUUGUACUCCUUUAGGUACAUUCCUAUACCUUAAUUUUUCUGUGUGUACUCAGUACUUCACCUCAUCAUGUUCUCUUGAAAUCCACUUGAAUGUUUACUUAGAAAUGUUCUAUAUAUAUAUAUAUAUAUAUAUAUAUAUUAUAGGCAAUGUAUGUAUACAGUGCACAAACCCUCCUACACCUGCGUACAUACCUACAUUCAUACAGAACGUCACGUAUAACAUUGUGUUUUGUAAAUUAAAAAUCAGAUUGACACUUUGUGAUUCCUUUUAGAUAAAAGAUUUAAAAAUGAA